GCUGGUCGCCAAUAGUUGAUAAUGCGCCGAGAUCAAAAAGUAAACACAAAAAGACGUAAAUUGUAGCGAAAAGACACAGAGUAAUAUUUAUGUACUUAAUUUUUUUCGCUCCCGUGUUUGGUGGUUUGGUYUUYUCGAUCGUAUUAUUCAACACUGUACCGAUUGCCGAGAAUUGUUCGUUCACAUACAUUACUGUGCGAUUGUUUCAUGUUACUCGAAUAAACUCCAUCGAUAAAAAUAAAGGUUUUUUUUGUGUUUACUUUCAAUCACGGGUCGGUGGAACGAUCACGARCACCCACUGUUCUAUUGSACAUCRAAUACACUGGAUCGAAUUUUCACCGACCAGUAGGGGCCAACGAGUCGAAACAAAUCCCAAUGGGUCGAAUAUUUCUCGAUCACGUUGGCGGUGACCGACUGUACGCGUGUGCUGCGUGCGAUACUAACCUGACAAAUCGCGACGAGUUGAUUAGUACCAGGUUCACGGGUGCAACAGGUCGGGCAUUCCUAUUCAACAAAGUUGUAAACCUCAAUUAUAGUGAUGUGCAAGAUCGAGUAAUGUUAACUGGUCGUCAUAUWGUACGAGAUGUAUCCUGUAAAAAUUGUGACACCAAAUUAGGAUGGAUUUAUGAAUUUGCCAUGGAAGAAAAUCAGCGCUAUAAAGAAGGCCGUGUUAUAUUGGAAAGGGCAUUGGUUACAGAAGGAGAUGGUCUUGAACAUGAAAUAUAAACGUGCUUCAAGAUGUUGAUUUGUACAGAUUUGUUUUGUUUUUCACUCAAAUUGUAUUAUAUUGAUAUGUAAUAUAAAAAUAUAAUGGCUAGGUACCUAAUAACUUAAAUUUAAUAAACAAAAAUAAAAAUAUAUAUAUGUAUAUACAUAUAUAUACAUUUUUAAUGUUCCAUACAAAGUACCAGUAGUAGUUAUGUUAUUCAAUAUUUUAUACACCAAUUAUUAAAUUUUGAACUUAAAUUAAUUAAUACAUUUAAAGUGUAUGUGUACAUAUUUUUUCUAAUUAUAUUGCAUGUUUAUAAUUUUAAAAAUGUUAUAUACCGGUACAUAGUUUACCUAUAUAGCGUUAAGUAUAUUAUUUAUUAAUUUAUUUGUUUUAUUUUCAUUUUGUUAACAUAAUUGAAUAAUAAAAAUAUUGAUUUGGCUUACGGCGAGACACAGUCACAAAGCAAA